CUCUCCGCAAGAGAUCUCUGCAAUCUCUCCUGUCAACUUUUGUGUGACGUAAUAUGAAAUAAUAAAUAUACACUUUGAUUUUGUUUAUUGCAUUUUCUGAAACUUUCUCAUUAAAAUCUAUACAUAUAUCUUAAGUGCGUAAAUUAUUUUAAGUGCUCCUCUCUGAAGAGAUAAAUACAGAAUAUGUAACUACAAAAUCAACGGAAUUUUGGAAUUUCUAACCUCUAGUUGUCAGUCUUAUUGUCAAUCAAAUAUAAUAUACAUGUGUGUAAUACAAUUCAGUUUCUUAAUUUGUACACGUGCAAUAUUUUAUUAAUAAUAUUAUAAUAUGGCUCAAACGUAUGAUAGUUAUUACAACGAUUAUCAUAAAAAUACUGAACUACAAUUAAAUCUAAAAUAUAAGAAAAAGUACCACAAGCUCAAAAGGAUUGUGAAGAAUACUGUUUUUGAAAAUGCAGCUUUAUGCGAUCAAGUUGCACAUAUGCAAGAAAAUCUCAUGGUUGUUAAAGAAGAGAGACUGUUUCUUUUACGCAAAUUAUGUCAACAACAGGGAGAAAUGGAAUCAAAUUCUAUGGUAGCACGUUCACAGUCAAAUAAUGUAAAUUCACCAUCAUUUAAUCCAGAAUGUGCUGCAUCAAAAAAGACAGUGAAAAAGAAAGCUCCUUCAGAUGGAUCAGAAUCAAAGAAUAAGACCAAAAGGUAUAACAAAACUGCCAGAAGAGUAGUGCAGUUGAUUCCAUUAGAUGUACAUGGGAGGCCAAUAUUUCCCAUAGCUUUGGGAGAUCUCACAAUAUAUUCUCUUGGUGAAGUGGUAUCAGACAGAAUUGCAUAUCACACAGAAGAUCUUAUAUUUCCAGUAGGCUAUUGUAGUACAAGAGUGUAUGCUAACUUAAGAGAUCCAAGAACAAAAAGCUUGUAUACCUGUAAAAUAUUAGAUGGUGGACCAAAACCUAGAUUUGAAAUAGUAUCUGAUAAUGACUUGGAUCAACCAUUGGUUGGAUGUAGUCCUGAUGAGUGUCAUUCAAAACUCUUAGCAGCAAUUUCUCCAGUGCUUUGUUCGAUAGCACCAAAGGGCGCAGAUUUCUUUGGGAUUUCUCAUCCUACUAUACAAAACUUAAUACAAAGUUCUCCAGGAACACGCAAAUUGGCCAUGUACAAACAACAACGUUUUGAAGUCAGUAAAAAUCAUGUCAUUGAACGAGCUACAAGUCCAGUAAUAGAAAUGGAAACUGAUCCAGGACUGAGUUUUACAGCAUUACACAGACAUUAUGUUUUAAAUUCUUAUAGAGUAAAGGAAGAACCUUCAGAUCAUGAUCUAUUAACACUUCAAGACCUUCUUGCGUGAUUGCUAAUCUAAUCUAUUAACUUAACUUACAUACACAAUUAUAUAAUUUAAAAUUAAUAAAUAAAACUUUUCAUAUAUCUAAAAUAUAUUUAAAACAAAAAGAUUUAUCAGUUGCUAUAGUAUAACUUAUUAAUAGUAUUACUACUUUUUAUUCUCAAUAGUAAUAUACGUUUUUAGCAUUUUGGUAUAUAAAUUGGAUUGCAUUUGAGAAAUUUCUAAUAAAAACAUUUUAAUAAUGAAUGCAAAUAGAAAACUUUAA